AGGCUAGGCAGUUUUUUUGAGUGUGUGAGUCGACUUAGCGUAUGGACGUGAAAAUAACAGCGGUGUGCGAAAAUUUGUUACGACGUUGAACUUUCAAGUGCGGUGUUGUGAAGGUUUUACGCCGAUAUUUAUUUAUAAUUUGAUAAAAAAAAUAUCAGUUGAAUGCAUAAAACUAUAACAAAUAAUUCAGUAAGCCAAUGCGACAUCAAAUAAAUUUAUUUGAGUGUGAUCGGUUGGGAGAUUAUUGAGUUCGUCGCUAUAAGUGGUCGCGCUAGUGCAUUUGUUUAUUUAUAGACAGUCGCAAUUUGCAGUCAUGUAAUUAUUCCUGAGGCGCUAAAAUGUCUCAGAAGGAUACAGCGAUACAUCUAGUGGCCGGCGGGGUAGCAGGGACAGCGGGAGCAGUCGUGACAUGCCCAUUGGAAGUUGUGAAGACAAGACUGCAGUCAUCAAAGGGUGUCGGAGCAUCACCCACACAGCCCCCACCUUCUGGCACAGCAAGCACUAGAAAAGUUUGUUCAAAAAUUCCUAAACAUCAGGAGGCCAAAUGGGGCUACAGACGCACGAUGGGUGCGAUGUUCGCAUACAGCAAGCAAGCAGACAGAAUGCUGACGUCAUACAAUUGUCAGGUCCAGCAGCUCGCGAGGGCCGGCCACGCCAGGACUACAGCCAGGAUGAGCCUUAUACAGUGCAUCAGGCACAUAGUUCAGAAUGAAGGGCCUAAGGCGUUAUUCAAAGGUCUCGGGCCCAACAUCGUGGGCGUGGCGCCUUCCAGGGCGAUUUACUUCUGCACGUACUCCCAGGCCAAGGCAAUCCUCAAUCAGCAUAUUGCCCCGGAUACUCCUAUCGUGCAUCUGUCAGCGGCCAGCGCAGCAGGGUUCGUAUCAUGCACGAUGACCAACCCGAUAUGGUUCGUGAAGACGCGGCUGCAGCUCGACGGACAGAACGUCACAGCUUUGCAGUGCAUCAAAAGGAUAUACGCCAAAACGGGCAUCAGAGGCUUCUACAAAGGCAUAACAGCUUCCUACAUGGGUAUAAGCGAGACCGUGGUGCACUUCGUGCUGUACGAAGGAGUCAAGGCGCGGCUGAUGGCCGCCCGCAGUGUGGACGGAGUGCCCAGUGACCGGCGGUCUCCUAGAGAUUUCCUGGAGUUCAUGGCGGCUGGCGCUUUCUCCAAGACCGUGGCUUCGUGCAUUGCUUAUCCUCAUGAGGUAGCAAGGACACGUCUGAGAGAGGAAGGCGACAAGUACCGCAAGUUCUGGCAGACUCUACACACAGUCUGGAUGGAGGAGGGGUAUCGCGGGGUCUACAGGGGAUUGGGCACGCAACUAGUCCGUCAAAUACCGAACACGGCCAUUAUGAUGUCGACAUACGAAGCGGUGGUGUAUCUCCUGACGACCCAUUUUAAUAACUCCUUCUACGAGAACACUUAGCCGUCGCACGCUAAAGCGUAGGACCCGAACGCCUAUCGUAGAGGUUUCGAAAUCGAUAGCGCAUCCGAUCAUCGAUUGAUUCGUUAUCGAAUCACAACUUGUAGUUCGAUUUCCUCGCUUGAAUUGUUAACGUUGUGCCACGUAAAGUGACUGAUUUUUAAAAAUUAGGUAUUCUUUUUUUAUUAUGAAAAAUACUUUUUGACAUUCGAAUUCGGAACUCUAUUCAUCUAUGGAAUAUUGAGCCUGAAAUGAAUGCUGCAAAGUAGUAUGCGCUGUUAUGCAGUGGUGUCUCAAGGUAGAUCUUUCAAAAUUUCGACAUCACUGUAUUAAAUUCAAGUUUAUAAUCUCGUUGUCUAUUUGGAAAUAAAGCGAAAUAAGUCACCUGCUUAUGUGGUUGUUAUUAUAAUAUCAAUGUUUAGUAAGACGCAGUUGAAGGAAAAUUUAGGUUAUAAAAAAAAAUGUUUCUUUUUGUCAGUUUUAUUAUCCAUAUUGUGUAUAUUGACCAUUUUAUAGUCAUAGUUCUAGUCUCAUAUAGAAAAGUUUCAAAAAUUUACUCAUGAGCUUGUGA